AUGGAGGAGAGACCAGAGACGGAGUUAAUAUCCAUUCCAGCAACGCCACGUGCAUCCACACCAGAGAUACUGACUCCUUCAGGUCAAAGGUCGCCAAGGCCAGCUUCAAAGGAAGCAAAAUCAUCAUCAGCAUGGACGCCGACGUCGUUUAUUUCGCCGCGGUUUUUGAGUCCAAUAGGGACGCCAAUGAAGAGGGUGUUGAUGAACAUGAAAGGUUAUUUAGAGGAAGUGGGUCAUUUAACUAAGCUAAAUCCGCAAGACGCUUGGCUUCCUAUUACCGAGUCUCGUAAUGGGAAUGCUCAUUAUGCCGCGUUUCAUAACUUAAAUGCUGGUGUUGGGUUUCAAGCCCUUGUUUUGCCUGUUGCCUUCGCUUUCCUUGGCUGGAGUUGGGGAAUACUGUCCUUAACCAUAGCCUACUGCUGGCAACUUUACACUCUAUGGAUUCUAGUUCAGCUGCAUGAAGCUGUUCCAGGGAAGAGAUACAACAGAUAUGUGGAGCUUGCACAAGCUGCAUUUGGGGAAAGAUUAGGCCUCUGGCUGGCGCUCUUCCCAACAGUUUAUUUGUCAGCUGGAACAGCAACAGCUUUGAUUCUUAUAGGAGGGGAGACAAUGAAAUUAUUUUUCCAAAUAGUUUGUGGGCCACUCUGUUCAUCAAAUCCCCUAACAACAGUUGAGUGGUACCUGGUAUUCACUUCUCUAUGCAUCGUUCUGUCCCAGCUCCCAAACCUCAAUUCAAUUGCGGGACUUUCACUUAUCGGUGCCAUAACAGCUAUCACUUACUCUACCAUGGUGUGGGUUCUUUCUGUCAGCCAACAGAGGCCAUCUACAAUCUCUUAUGAACCCCUUUCUUUGCCAUCCUUUAGUGCUUCUGUUUUUUCAGUCAUGAAUGCUCUUGGAAUUGUUGCCUUUGCUUUCAGAGGGCACAAUCUAGCAAUGGAGAUUCAGGCAACAAUGCCAUCGACAUUUAAGCACCCAGCUCAUGUGCCCAUGUGGAAAGGAGCCAAAGUUGCCUAUUUUUUCAUUGCCUUGUGUCUGUUCCCGGUUGCCAUCGGAGGCUUUUGGGCUUAUGGGAACCUUAUGCCUUCAGGAGGAAUUCUCAAUGCUCUGUAUGGGUUUCACAGUCACGACAUUCCUCGAGGACUUCUUGCAUUGACUUUUCUACUCGUGGUGUUUAAUUGCCUAAGCAGCUUCCAGAUAUAUUCAAUGCCUGUAUUUGACAGUUUUGAAGCUAGCUAUACCAACCGUACAAACCGUCCAUGCUCUAUUUGGGUUCGCUCUGGCUUUCGGGUGUUCUAUGGAUUCAUCUCUUUCUUCAUUGGGGUAGCACUCCCUUUCCUCUCCAGUCUUGCUGGUCUCUUAGGAGGACUAACACUUCCAGUCACAUUUGCUUACCCUUGCUUCAUGUGGGUUCUCAUAAAAAAACCAUCCAAAUACAGUUUCAAUUGGUACUUCAACUGGAUCCUUGGCUGGUUGGGCAUUGCUUUUAGCUUGGCCUUCUCCAUUGGAGGUGUCUGGAGUAUGGUGAACAGUGGACUUAAAUUAAAAUUCUUCAAGCCGCCAAAUUAA